AUGGAAGAACCAUCAGCAACAACAACUCUCACUCUGAUUGAUCUUCAUCCAAUCUCUCCGAAUUUAUUUACAAAAUUGAAAGAAAAAUUUAAAUCACCUCCUCUUGUGGAAUUUUCACAAAAUUUCAGACGAAUUGAUGCAAUUUCAAAUGGUUCUUUUAAUAUGGCAAUUUGUAGGGAAUUUAAUUAUUUAGUUACUGGUUCUCAUGAUUCUUUAGAAAUCUAUGAUUUGAUCACUCAUCAACCAGUUCAAGAAUCAAUUCAUUUUGGUGAAGGAGUUUAUGGAAUUGAUUUUGAAAGGGAAAAUUCAGGACAGUUAAAUUUGAUACUCUCCACCAGGAGAAAUCAUGUUGUAAAAUAUGAUUUUAAAAGAAUAUUGAGAGAAAAGAGUUUUGGUGAACCAAUUUUUCAAGUUCCAAUUAGAUUUGAUCAUGUUUGA